AUGAGCGCGGGCAGCACAGAGCGCAGGCGGCGCAUCCGCGAGCAGCUGCGUGAAUUCUACGGCGACCCCACGGCAAGCCGGGAGCGGCAUCCUGUGGAGGGCGGCAAGGCGGGGACGUCGCCGGAGAUGGACGUUGACUCGGAGUUCUUCAACGUCGGCAGGUACGUCACAGAUCUCCUGCGCCGGGAAAGUCUCAAGGAGCUCGUCGAGGCGGACACGCAGCUGCUCCGCAGCGUCCGCCACCUCGACGGGGAGCUGCAGGAGCUGGUGUACCAGAACUACGCCAAGUUUAUCUCCGCCACCGACACCAUUCGGGAGAUGCGCGACAACAUCACGGAGAUGGACGCCAAGCUGCAGGCCCUCUCCAGCAACGUGGAGAACAUUGACGAGGUGUCGAAGAGCAUCACGGACAAGCUGCAGUCGCACCGGAGCCGGAUUGAGGAGAUGAUUUUAACCAACCGCAUGCUGCGGAAGGUGCAGUUCCUUGUGGAGCUUGCCGACACGAUGCGGCGACUCAUUGAGCGGCAGGAGUACACGGCGUGCGUGAAGUACUGGGUCGUUGGCGACAGCUUCUUCGCUAAGCACACGAAUUUAUCGAGCAUCACGAAGAUUCAUGACGAGUGCAGGGCGUUGGCGGGGCAGCUGUACGCGAAGCUGCAGGAGACCGUCGUCACCACCUCCCUGGAAGACCCGGAGGCGAUGGAUGUCAUCCGCUGCGUCGUGGAGGACAUGCGUCUUUUGCGGGCCACCUCCCUCUUCGCUGCCGCUGCGGCGGCGACGGCGGAGGAAACGGCGACGGCGACGACGCCUGCCGCAGACGCCCCCGCCUCAUUUGAGACGGAGAUUCUGGAGACGUUAAUGAAGAACGUCAGUGGGGGCUUUGCGGCGGGGGUUCAGGGUGUCAACAGCGCCAUCCGGGCAGCCCUCGCCGUUCCCAACUUUGCCGCAAUGGAUCGCGCGCGUUGGGCAGACGUCUUGGAGCACGUCCAGCUGCAGGAGGCGCUGGCGCAGCUGAAGAGCCUCUGCGCGCUUUUCCACUCCAACAGUGAGCGGGUGUACAGUUUGUUUAACCGCGAGGGCGACCCCACCGUCGCGUUGCGGAUUGUCGAGGAGGUGCAGCCGGUCCUCAUCGACAUCAUGGCGCCCAUUACCGCGUACAUCGGCGAGCUGUUCAUCGCCAUGGUGGAGGCCUUCUGCUCGGACGCCGCGGGGGCCUUGGCGGCGCCGGCCACGGUUGGCAGUGGGCUCAGUGCCAUCUUCACCACCCUGGCAACGCGCCUCAAGUACUACUCGGGUACGCUGAAAACGCUGGGGGUCAACUACCUCGACAACGCACACAGCCAGCAGAGUCGACAGUACGCGGCGCUCGUGGAUCAGUCCGUGCUGGACAUUUUUCAACGCCUCUUGGCGGCGUUGCAGGCGAAACUCACUGAGGGAGCCAGCGUUCCCGACAGCAUCGCGUCGAGCGCCACGGCGAAGGACCCGGCAUACCAGCAACUGCUACAGUUUUGUGUUUCACGCUUUCUGUUGGCCCGCGUCGCCAGCGCCGCCGACGUGGUUGGUCUCGCAUCCCUCGUUGGCACCGACACUCUCCAGCAGGGCGACGUGGCGGGGGUGCAGCGGCGUUGCACGUACGUCGCGCGGGCCUUCACGCACCGCGGCAUCGUACUCCUUGGACAGCUGCACCUCAGCUGGGUUGCCGCGGCGUCGUGCCCGGUGGAUGCGGUGGACCCCACCUCCACCGUCGCGCUUAACUUCGGUAUUGCCCACUGCCUGUGUGAGUUUGUGCGGCAGCUGGGCACCAUCUACGCCCUCUUGCGGGACGGCGUUCUCGCGUGCGAGGCGGUGCGGGAGCGAGGCAGCGUCGGCAGCGCGAUGGGCGCUGGCAGCUCGAGGCUGUACACGAGUGCAGGCAGUGGCCGCAGCAGCGGCAAGGCCGCCUCGCGAAGGCUGGUGGUGGCGUUCGCGCGGGAAACGGACAAUGCCCUGCAAAGCACCGUGGACCGCAUCUUUUCGAAGCAGUCGCAGAGCAACGCGGAGCUGCGGACGCUUCCACGCGAAAUUCGGCCUGCCUCGGUGGUAGCCGCAGUAACUAUCUACGUUCUCAAGGGCCUGAUUGAGCACGUGCGGACGCAAUCCUUCACACGUAACGGCUUUCAAUGUGUUCAGCUCAGCUGCACCUUUCUCCUGCACGCGCUUACGCCUCCGGCGCCGCUCGCCUCGUCUGUUGCCUCCGCUGCUGGCAGUGACACGCCACUGUUGUCCCCAUUGGGGGAGUGGCUGGGCAACUGCAGGGAUGACGAAAUGCUAAAGCUGGUGCCGCAGCUUCUUAACGAGUGCUGCACCUCCGCGUACGAGCGUUGUCGAGAAAAGGCCCCGUUGACGUCGGUGGUGGUGGAGAAACUCGCGAGCUCCGCCCUGGAGAGCAUGCAGGGGGCGUCCCCGCUUUCCUGA